AUGAUCGAGAAGAGUCGGUCGACCUCGUCUUCGCGUCUUGAUAAGACGUUGACUUUGUAUCCUUAUGAGUCUCAACGGGAAUUGCCGGAAGUACGUUCCGUUGACACUGGCGAAGUAAGACAAGAGUGGUUAACAGAGCUGACUUGUCCAGUAUGUAAUCAGACUUUAAAAAGAACUAAAGUGACGCCGGUUUGUAUUUUGGCUCGAUUAAUUGAAGUUAACUGCUUGCACAGGUUUUGUGCUGGAUGCAUUAAUGGUUCAAGACGUUGCCCUAAAUGCGCUGAACCUAUUUUCAAAAAGUCCUUGAUUAAAAAUGAUAUUAAUACUGAUGCUAUAAUCGAUAAGCGCCCUUUUGAUCGCGCCGAUUGUGAUGGCGACUUAUCAUCUGAGUCUUCUCCUCUGAAAAAUGGUGCCGCUGUUAAUGACAGUAGUAGGAGUAGUUCAGUCUCAACAAUUUCUGAAGUCGCAAAUGGGUCGGAAGCAAGAGAUACCGCUUUAAAUGCCACUAGUGCAGAGUCUUCAAGUAAUAAGAGUAGUGCUCUUUCUUCUAAGGUUAAUGGAGUGUUACAAAAUGACUCUUCGCUUACUCCCGUAAUAACGUUACAGAGGAGUGGUUUAAAUGCCAAUGUUAUUAAAUCAAUUUCAAAAGGUCACGACGGCCAUUCCACUCUGGUUUAUUUUUCAGGCUCUGCUGGUCAGAAGCCCGAUGUUGCCGCCAAAACUUCUAAAGUUGAUGACGGCAAAUGUGCGCCUGUACAAACGAAUGACUCUGCGUCUAGUUCUAACAUAGCUGUCGGAGCCGGGAGCUCGGCAGAGCGAGACGGAGUCGGUUCACCGUCGCUAUGUAAUGGUUCAGCAGUAGGCUCCAGUCCUGCUGUUGCCAAACAUGAAACUGGUCAGGGUCCUAGCUCAGGUAUAUACAAUCCAAUCUCAGCUGAGGAGAUUUUUUUUCUCCUUAGGCAACACCUUUAUCCUGAUUGCGAAACAGAAGUUAUUUUGUCUCCACAUGCUUCCGUUUUUUCCGAUGAAGAUAUAGGGGAUUCGGCUAGACGCCCGCAUUUUAUUUUCUGCGAACCUCAGGCAAAAGUGGAGCACUUGUGCGCAUAUGUGAUGCGGCGCACCGCAAUAGCUAUGAAAGGGAAGAUUCUUAAAAAGAAAGUUGAGAUUUGUCCUGUAAAGAUGGAGGUUUCUGUUAAGGAUGUUUUUGUUAUGAAAUUAGCUGGAGAAGAUAAAUACAGUACUGUCGAAAUUUGUCCUCCUGCACAGGCUGACUCCGUUCGUCUGUUCAGUACUCAGUACCCAUUCAGGGCAUUGGAAGAAGAAAGAACUGUCGAGAGUUUGAAGGAAGAGUACGCAGGCGAGAAGAUAAAACCAUUACGGCUAGUUUACAGAUUUGUAAGCGACGGAGUGUAA